AUGGAGUUAGGUAAGGAUAUGCAAAGAGAAACUUCAUGGACAACUCAAAUAGAGGAGGUUAAUAAAGACCAAGAAAAGUACAAAGAGGAAAUAAAAGAGACGUAUGCGCAAGUUGUAAAGGAGAAAGAGACGAUCAAGGAAGUGCGUUUGGAAGUCAAAACCAGAAAUGACCAACAAGAAGCAGAAAUGAAACAAGCAGUUAGGAAACAACUGGAAAGUGUAAGUCACCAAAGUGUAAGCCAGGAAAGUGUAAGCCAGGAAAGUGUAAGCCACCAAAGUGUAAGUCCCCAAAGUGUAAGCCAGGAAAGUUUAAGUCCUCAAAGUGUAAGUCACCAAAUUGUAAGUCACCAAAGUGUAAGCCAGGAAAGUGUAAGUCCCCAAAGUGUAAGUCACCAAAGUGUAAGUCACCAAAGUGUUAGCCACCAAAGUGUUAGCCACCAAAGUGUAAGUCACCAAAGUGUAAGCCACCAAAGUGUAAGUCAGGAAAGUAUAAGUCACCAAAGUGUAAGUCACCAAAGUGUAAGUCACCAAAGUGUAAGUCAGGAAAGUGUAAGUCACCAAAGUGUAAGUCACCAAAGUGUAAGCCAGGAAAGUGUAAGUCACCAAAGUGUAAGCCACCAAAGUGUAAGCCAGGAAAGUGUAAGUCACCAAAGUGUAAGUCAGGAAAGUGUAAGUCACCAAAGUGUAAGUCACCAAAGUGUAAGCCAGGAAAGUGUAAGUCACCAAAGUGUAAGUCACCAAAGUGUAAGCCAGGAAAGUGUAAGUCACCAAAGUGUAAGUCCCCAAAUUGUAAAUCCCCAAAUUGUAAAUCCCCAAAGUGUAAGUUACCAAAGUGUAAGUUACCAAAGUGUAAGUUACCAAAGUGUAAGCCAGGAAAGUGUAAGUCACCAACGUGUAAGUCCCCAAAGUUCACCAAAGUGUAAGUCACCAAAGUUUAAGUCACCAAAGUGUAAGCCAGGAAAGUGUAAGUCACCAAAGUUUAAGUCACCAAAGUGUAAGCCAGGAAAGUGUAAGUCACCAAAGUUUAAGUCACCAAAGUGUAAGCCAGGAAAGUGUAAAUCACCAAAGUGUAAGUCCCCAAAUUGUAAGUCACCAAAGUGUAAGUCACCAAAGUGUAAGCCAGGAAAGUGUAAGUCACCAAAGUGUAAGUCACCAAAGAGUAAGCCAGGACAGUGUAAGUCACCAAAGUGUAAGUCACCAAAGUGUAAGCCAGGAAAGUGUAAGUCACCAAAGUGUAAGCCAGGAAAGUGUAAGCCACCAACGUGUAAGCCACCAAAGUGUAAGUCACCAAAGUGUAAGUCACCAAAGUGUAAGCCACCAACGUGUAAGCCACCAACGUGUAAGUCACCAACGUGUAAGUCACCAAAGUGUAAGCCAGGAAAGUGUAAGUCACCAAAGUGUAAGCCAGGAAAGUGUAAGUCACCAAAGUGUAAGUCACCAAAGUGUAAGUCACCAAAGUGUAAGUCACCAAAGUGUAAGCCACCAACGUGUAAGCCACCAACGUGUAAGCCACCAACGUGUAAGUCACCAAAGUGUAAGCCAGGAAAGUGUAAGUCACCAAAGUGUAAGCCAGGAAAGUGUAAGUCACCAAAGUGUAAGUCACCAAAGUGUAAGUCACCAAAGUGUAAGCCAGGAAAGUGUAAGUCACCAAAGUGUAAGCCAGGAAAGUGUAAGCCACCAACGUGUAAGUCACCUGUUGAUAGAUUGAAGAGUAUUUAUGUUGUGUCGUGA